CUUGUAUCGCCAUGAAACCAAUCAGUCACAAAGUAGAUCCAAACGGAGAUACACUACUCACCCUUCGCAAUCCAAACGCUCCGUUUGGUGGAGAUGCAACCGUUUGGUCCAAUGCUCUGACAAAAUAUCGCCCAGAGAAAUUAAGACGAAAUGAGCGAGAAUUGAGCCUACUCGCACAAGACAAGCAGUCGCCUCCUGGUAGCCCUCCAGAAAUCCAGUUCCAACUCUCUUCAAAGCAUCUGACGCGUACAUCGGGAUACUUUCAAGGCCUGAUGGCCAACAACUGGAAAGAAGCAAGCUCAAGCCGCGACUUUGCUUACUCCGUAACUGCGGAAGAUUGGGACGAGGCUGCGUUACUCAUGGUCAUGAAGAUCAUUCAUUGCCAAACAUCGGAAAUACCCCAAGUAAUCGACUCUGAAAUGGUGGCCAAAAUCGCUGUUAUUGUCGAUUAUUACCAAUGCCGUAAGGUAGUCGAUACUUACGCAACGACAUGGGUGCAAAACUUGAAUGCUAAAGAACUUACUUUCUGUGGCUAUGGAAGAACGCUUUUACUUAGGCUUUUCGUGUCCCAUUACUUUUCGAGCGGUGUCGAUUUCAACCGAUGCACGCAGAUUAUAAUACGCGAAAGCAGAGGACCAAUUCAUUCUCUCGGGUUACCAUUUCCUCAAAAUAUCAUUGGUGAGUUGUACCUUUCAUGCACGAAGAUGUCGCGACUAGUAGGUUGA